GAGGACCUGAGUGAUUCGUGUAGUAAUGACGAAUACAUUGGGCGCCCUAAUACAAAGAAAUAAAAAGCGGAGUAGCGUGCUGUCGCGCGCCGCCUCGCCAAUGAUAGGGGUCGCGUGACCCGCACCGCAUCACUUCAAAGCAUUUUAAAAACGCAAGGGAGACCACAUAGAUCCCAUAAGCUCAUAUAUCAUAUUCACAUGAGAUUUGGAUGUUUAGAUACAGUACCUACAUAAUAUUUAACAUUAUUUUACUAAUGUCAAACACUUGCUACUAGCAAGGUAAAGAAGAAAUGAGGGACCGUACCGCUUUCUUUGAUUCCUUACCCUGUAUUUGGUUUUAUGUUUUUAUGUCACUCCUUCCACAUUUGAAAUAACGAAUUACUCUGAAAAAUCUAGAGGGCUAUGACAAUUUGCAAAUAGGCAAACAUGUUUCUGUGCUGGAAAUUGUUGUUGGUGUUAAUAUUAUGCGUAAAACAAGAGGUGGACUUAGCUAUAGCUCUCCGAAGGUUUGUCUAUCAGAAAGACAUCUCUGAAUACUGCCGGCGCCGCGUCAUGCCAUCCGUGUUCCUCGGGCGACAAGUGAUUGCUGCUUACUCACAAAUACUGCACUUCUCGCGAUUAGAACUUCCCUAUAGUUGUUUUGUGAGCUUAAGAACCGAAUCAGGUAGCAACAUAAUAUUGGUGAUCCAACUGAUGUCGGACAAGAGUUUAAUAGAAUCUUGUCGCGAAAGUAAGAAUCAACUGUUAGUGUAUGAGAUAGGGGAAACAUUUGGCGGCUACUGGGGGGCGUUACCGAACAAUAUGAUGAAGGUAGAGGAUACCACGGAACCGAGCAUAUACACGUUGAAGACUACUCAAUCUACGACCACAGCUACCACUGAGGAAAGUACUACCGAGAAGACUACAAGGACGACCACACCAUCGAAGUCAGACAAUAAGCCGACGGCUGACAUGGCUGACUACAUACGGGUUGAAGUGCCCAUAGUGAACGUGUCGGCAGUGCUGGUGCCCGGACAGUUGUCUGGUCAGACCAUCUUCGAUUCUGAAGAUAGGUUUGACUCGAUGCUUGAUGUCACUGGACCUGGGAUAAGUUAUGAAACAAAAGUCCUGCCGCUGGUGCAAUUUUCUGUAGAGAAGGAGGUGACUGUCGAGCGGUCUGGAGCAGAAAUAGAGGAAGACGAGGAAGAGCCGGACGCGCCAAGCCAGAGCCCUCGCUUCGAAAUCGACCUCAACUCUGAUAUGUUCACACCAGACUCCAGAUUGCUUUUUCCUCCAUUGGGCUCUAGCAAUAGAGAAACUAAAUACAAUUUUAAUGUGAACCGACGGUUAAAUUUCAAGAAGCAAAAACAACUGCUCGCUGAAAAAGAAGCAAAUUUUAAUAAACAGUUGUCCUAUUACAUUCACCCUUCGCCGCAUUCUGUUAAGCCGGCGAACAUACUGACGAGACAUUAUAACUUCAUGGAUCCUCCCGCAAACAAGGAUAAUGAGCCACCUUCAAACUCCUGGGAGGCCAUCGAUGACAUUUUAAAAAACCUUAGUAAAACUGGAGACGACUCUAAAUAUGGAGACAGAAACCUGGUGGAGCUCUUACAAGGACUCUCGAAACUAGGAAAGAAUGAAAGUGUUCACUUAGUACCCAACAGUGUAGCGAGCAAACAUUCAACGAGCGCACCUCGAACAACUACGAAGAAGUAUAAAACUGACUCCAUUACCUGGAGACAGCCACCUGCUAGUUACAGGACAAAUUACUUUGAAGAAGUGGAUGACACUCUAAAAGUCCAAGGUUUGCUUCAAGGCGACGUCAACAAUACUUGGAAGUCGGGGAACAAUGAGUCACUUGGUAAUGAUGACGGCAAGAGCGGACCCUUACUGCCGCUCGCUUUAGACGUCGAUAGUGUUAUAUUAAAUGCAACAAUUCAUAGACUACCAAUGUUGAACAAUCGCGAAGAACCCCUCAAUAUAGUAAACGAGACGACUAUGCCACCCCUCGAAGUCAGUGGUACAACUGUCACUCCUGAAAUCAUGAGACCUUUAACUCUAGUCGAUCACGAAUCCUUCGAGAACAUGGUGCAUGCAGCAUCUCUGAUGGCAGUCGCCUUAAAUCAGACAGUGUCGACCCCCAGCGAAAAUACUACGGAACAAGGAAUAAACGUGUCCAAGACUAAAACCAUGAGACGGAAGCGUCGUAAGAAGCGUUACAUCCACGUGAUCCCGAUAGAGCACGCCAAGCCACACCACCUACCAGUGAAGAUCGAAGUCCCAGCAUCCACGGAGCACGCAGAUAAGAUCGCCGACGCUCAGGAGUUCCAGCGGCUCAUAGAAAUGCAAGAUGAUGAGGUCCAUGAUCGCGUGGCGCUGCGAUACCUGCGACAGUACGUGGGUCCCGCGCUCUUCAACAUCUGCGACUUCGACGAAGCUGCGGCGCGCCACGUCUACCUGUUCAACUCAUCCAGGCUCGUGCUGGCUAUUACUAACUUUACUUUGGAGCGCAUGACCGUGGUUAUGACUCCAGCUCGCACGCUGCUGACGAGCGACGCGCGUUGCACGUCGGCGCACCUCGAGUGUCAGGUGUCGGGCGCGCGCGUCUGCAUCGAUUCGCUCAGCGCCUGCGACGGAGUACCCAACUGCGGGUCCUACGACAUCUACGACGAAGAUCGUUUGACUUGCGGUGGGUCGGCAGGUCUCCAGCAUAACGUGUGUCUGGCCGCCAUCACCUUCCUGGCUGUGCUACUCACUAUACUGUACACUGUACAUUACUGGCUCAAGCGAUGCGUCCCCAAAGUAUCCGAUGCCUUCUUCAUAUACACUGACGCUGCCGAGAAUGUCUUGUACUUGGAUUCUAUUAUGCGGUCUCCUUACGAUACCAGUGACGGAAAGGAGUUUUAUCGUGACCCUACACUUCAAGCUUACAUGGAGUGUACAGAUAUACACUUGAAGAAGAAGGCCUUCAUGCAAAGAUUUCUAGCGUUCUUUUCAUGUAAAAGAAAGAAGAAAAAGCAGCUGGUUGAAGUUGUUGAAAAAGAUUAUGUUGACGUCCAUCCAGAUGUAGGAAGGUUGUUUUCAUUUAGUGAAGUUGAACUAGACAAGAUUGGUCCAAGAGUGUUAUCAGCUGACGUUGCUGUGCAAACCGGAUCAAGUCUAGAAAUGCCAUUUUAUGAAGGUGCACGAACAGACAUAAGUGCGAUUCCCACUCAUUCUUCAGACAUACUCACUAAUUUUGAAGGAAUAAUACCAGCAAGUAGAAAGUUAUCUUUAGACUUAGAUAUCUUAUCUAAUCAACCUUCUGAUGAACUCAGCAUACUAAAGUUUUUUAGAAGAGCCAGGUCCGUUUCUAUGCAAAUGUCAUCGAUUGAAGUCAUAAGAACCCCGCCGUAUAAAAUCGACGUACCCGCUAAGCGUAAUUUACCCCAUACAGAUGAGAAAGAAAUCCAAGUUCUUUUAUAUGAUGAACAAGAUCACCUCGAUGCACAAACAUCUACAGUUGCAUCAGCAAGUCAAGCAGGACCGGUCGAGACUAAACCAAGUCACGUGCGAAAAAAGUUAAGGUUUGAUGAAAAGAAGAAUGUCCAAAGUCCGAGUAUAGAUUACGAUUCUCCUGAAGAAGAGAGUGUCGCGACUUCUGACCGUCCUCGACGCAGUACCGGUUAUACGUCGACCAAAAAUGUUCGCAUAGAGGAUAUGGAACCUGAGAGUGUAUCCGAUAUUGAAGAACCUACCACUAGUACGAACAGGGAGUUCAAGUCAUAUUUUUGGAGCAGUGGAAAGAGCAAGCCGAAGAAACCACCAGCCAAGAAGAAGGCGCAACUUUCAUUGCGUUAAGAAGGUUUAUAAAGUCGUUAUUUAUUUAAGUCCAUUUAUGUUACUUUUGCUGUUAGAAAUAGUUUUAUUAUCCAAUUUAAUUUUAGUAAGUAAAUAUGUUUGCAUAUUUAGUAUAUGCGUAAUAACAAAAAACCUAAGUUGUUACUGGUUUUGUUGAUGCACCUAUCUUUGAAGUUUGUUAUUAAUUAAUUUAAUUAUCUCUCUGGUACCCGUUAAAUUGUCUAUUUGUUGAUUCUGACUUUAAGCCGUUGUGGCUUACCGAAUUUUAUCAAUAUUGGUCCAGCUCUUCAUAAUGAAAAUUUUACAAAUAU